UGCGGCGUUCUGGAUGAGUUGUAGGGGUUUAAUGGCACAGGCAGGGAGCCCAGCCAACAGCGAGUUGCAGUAAUCCAGACGGGAGAUGACAAGUGCCUGGAUUAGGACCUGCGCCGCUUCCUGUGUGAGGCAGGGUCGUACUCUGCGGAUGUUGUAGAGCAUGAACCUACAGGAACGGGGAUGCAGAACAGCUGAACAAGGCCACAAUUUGCCGCACAAUAAGGAGUGUGUGUCUGGCUAUCAAAGCAUUAGCAGAUGUCUUCAUCUCCUUCCCUGGCCACAGAAGACUCUGUGACAUCAAAGAGGAGUUCUAUAGGAUUGCAGAUGGUCUGCAAUGCUGACUGUGUGAUCAGCAAAUUUGUGGCAAAAUGGCCUGGCUCAGUCCAUGACUCCAGAAUCUUUCGGGCCUCUGAAAUCUAUCAGUGCCUAUCACAAGGUGAAUUCUCUGGUGUGUUGCUGGGAGACAGGGGGUAUGGCUGCCAGCCUUUUCUCCUGACACCUUUCACAGACCCCCAGGAAGCACAGCAGGCCUACAACCAUGCCCAUGCCAGGACCAGGGCCAGAGUUGAAAUGACCUUUGGCCUCCUGAAGGCACGCUUUCACUGCCUUCACAAAUUAAGGGUCAGCCCUGUUAGGGCAUGUGAUAUUACUGUGGCUUGUGCUGUCCUCCACAAUGUGGCCUGCCUGAGGAAGGAGAGGGCCCCCAGAGUGCCACCAGCCAUGGACUGGGACAAUCCGGCAAUCUUCCCUGAUGACGACAGUGGUCGGCUGCUGAGGGACCAAUAUGUGUUGAAUUAUUUUAGUUAGUAUGUGUGCUUUCAAUUUUGGUUAAAUAUGUCCUGCGGUGGCAGAGGAAUUUGGGUUUUUUUGGGUUCGUUUUUUUGACGAAUUUGGCCUCUUAUGAUGUUUGUGCGGUAUACUGUGUGUAAUACAAGGCUGCAGGGAGGCUACUGCAUCCAUUCAUUUGUCUGUUCAGUUGAUGUGUAUGGAUUUGUCCUGCAUUUAUUUUAGUGUGCAGACAUGCAGGGUGUGUUAUAUACAGACCUUUGAAUGUGUAUGUAUCAUUUUGUAUAAUAUGCUUGGAUUCUGUGCUUUCCAUCUUGUAGAGUCACUGUGACUUCAGUUUCGAAAGGAGCUGAUGGUUUACCUGCUUUGUUUUGUCCUUAUUCAAUAAAGGAACAUAAUGUUA